AUGGCGAUGCUUGUGUUUCUGGCUGUGCUGGAGCUGGAGCUGUGGCUGGGGAUUGACUGCGCUGACACCCAGGGGCUGAGCUCCGAGUUCUACCUGAGCAGACGUGUCAGUGGUGUGUUUCAUUAUGAUCAGCGGAUUCGAUAUUCUCUCACUUUUCCCAGUGCUAAGCUGGCUUGUAAACGAGACUUUGGGGCUACGCUGGCAACCAGAGAUCAGUUACACGUGGCCUAUCUGGCUGGACUGGAGGAGUGCAGAGCAGGCUGGAUCUCAGAGAGAGAGGUUGCUUACCCCAGGAUACACAGAAACUGGAACUGUGGUCAAAACAGAGUUGGCAUCAUAUCAUAUGGAAUCAGGAAAAACCUGCUGGAAAAUUGGGAUGUGUAUUGUUAUAAACGUGAGGAUGACCAUUCUGUUUUUAAUGAGUCAAUGGUGUUGGAAGGUAACACUCCCAGAGACAGAACAGAAAAUCUGUCAUUGUAUUCAGUGCUACCUACCUCAUGGAAGAGUGGAUCUAAGGAACCAAUGGUGCCUGAACGAAAUCUGCCCAGAACUCAUGAAUAUAAAGAGAAAGUAAUUCAGUUUCCAAAUAUAGUAACCGCUCACAACACAAAACAUCUCUCUGGCUCAGAAAUAUUAACACAGUUAAACACCAUGAAUUUUACAUUGUCUUCCAUUUUCUCGCCUGUCAACAAUUCAGCAAUGAAAAGUAUUGAAAAGUCAGUGAAAGGAUUUACAACGGAAUAUCCUGACACUUGGAAACAUUCUUUAGUCUCAAAGGAAAGCGGCAAGAUUAGUUCAAUGGAAGAGACUCAGUUAACAUCAAAUAGGGCAAACUCUGGAAUGACAAACAGUGAAGAUUACUCUGCUGCAAAAAACACAACUGAUGCUAAUAUAACAUCCCCUGAAAUAAAUGAAGAGUUGUUGCAAAUCAGGAAUGUGACUGGGGACACAACUGCUAAAAGCUUAUGGGCUGUUACAGCAGAUCGUGUUUCAGAACAUGAGGUCCUUAAACUGUCUAUGGUUUCACUUGAUGUCAGGGCUGAUCCUGAUGGGGGGACCAACCCCCAAAGGAACGAUGAGGUGACAGCUGCCAAACCUCAGCUUCUUACACAAACUCCUACUAGUAAAGCCAGACCAACACAACCAGCUAACAUUAGCAAUGUCGAGAAAAAACAGAGAAGCCCAGAUCUUUCAAACAGCCUCCAAAGCACUACUCAGUCGGACCGCACAGACAGAUUUUUAUUCACUGACAGUAAAGCAAUGCUUUUAACUGAAGUCAAAGAAGAGAGUUUUGAUGGAUUUAUGGCCAUAGCAUUUACUGAGGAAAUAUCAGAGCAUUUUUUGUCAGGAGAUCCAAGUCCCCCAGGGUUUACUGUGGCUCCUUUCUCCGCAGUAAUUCAUGGGUCUACAAGGUUUGUCGCUAAGACUGUGAUUACUGGUUCAACAGUGCAACCAGAACCAGAUGUGACAGGAAAACAGAUGUUUUUGUCCCAAACCUCUGCAAUUACAGUUUCAAAAGAAGAUGGUGAUGAAUCAUCAAAACCAGUGACAACCACAGUAGAAACUGCAGAAAAUGUAUCUUCAUCUGUCAUUGUGUUUGCAGAAAAAACAAUACCUUCAGAGCAAGAUAUUUAUCACCAAAGGGAUCCACAUUACCUGUCUGGGUUAACACCCCAAGAAUACUCUUUAAAUAGAUCAGCACAGUUGUCUUCAAUAGAUUCAAAUAAUACAAGGUAUCAAAAUGAAGAGACACAGAAAGAAACCAACAAUCCAGUUUCAGGGUUACUGCUGGAGAAUAAUAGCACUGAAAUGAUGGAAAAUGACCCAUCAGAUUUAUCCGUUCAAAUAGAGGAUCAUAAUACUAAGAGGAAAUUCAAUGUAAUUGAUAGAGAUGAGUCAAAGCUUUUAACAACAGUCUGGACACCCAGUGAGGAUCUUCUGACACUUUCACCCAGUGUAGAUACAAAUGUACAGUCGGUCAUGUUGACCACAAACAAUGCAGCUUUGCCAGAAACACCUCCUACGAGGAAUCAUUUGCAGCCUGAAGCACUGAGAGUAGAGGACACAGUACAUCUGUCAGAGAAGAUGCAAGGAUAUCAUGGUACAGUUCAGCUUAGUACAACCGGCAGAGAUGAUACAAUCCUUUCAGGGACAGAAAGUGAUUACAGGACAGUUGCGAUACAAGUGCACACACUUGCAACACCAACACCAGAGAGCAAAAUACAGCUGGGCAUAUCCAGCCACAAUGCCAUAGCUUUUCCAGAGACCAUCACUUCAGGUAGAAAUGAAGAACUUGUGACAGUCAAUGUAAAAGAUAUUUCACAAGAAGCAAUUUCUAAUGUAGACCAACUGGGAACAAAAUCACACAUGACUUUAGAUGAUGAGAAAGAGCCAUAUGAAUCUGGAGCAAUUGAUGAUAUCAGACAGUCUGAAUUGAUUCCAGAGGACACAAGACUAGAUGUAAGAGUCAGUACAGAGAUGGGUGGACAGGUUGUCACUGCUAUCGAAAUGAAUACGGAGCAGCCAGUUACACACAGUAUAGAUCAUACAUCUGGAGCAGCUGUAAUUGCUGAUAGCUCAGUUAUGUCAGAUAUAACCAGUGAUUUAAACAUCUCUUUGCAACACACAAACAGUGAAAAUCAUAUCUCAGAAUCUACAGUAUCUGACGCAGAACUAACUACACCCAGUGUGGAUGUUAUCAAACUGCAAAAUACUGUGAGCACAGAGAGAGCCAAACAAGGAACAUUAAAGAAAGACCACAAUAAUCAGCUGUUUGUACAGCCCAUAGCUGAGGUGCUGCAAUCCAUCACAUCUCAGGGAGAGAAUCAAAGCUCUGCCAGUGCAAUAACCAACAAGAAUGAUUUAAGUGCAAACAACACAGUCCCAACAGAUGAUAAAGUCCCAUUCCUGAUAUACAACGGUAAUAGUACACUCCAGGAAGUCACAACUGUUCCUGGUAUGUCAGGGAAGCCUUUCAGCCACAGUGCACACAGCUCGUUGGAGCAAAGCUCAUUUUUAGGUGGCAGGACUGACUUUUCAGGCACAUCCACCAGAAGUCACACACAUCUCCCAGCCCCAGUAACAGGCACCGAAGGCUCGCCCUUAUCAAAAGUGGAAUCUACUCAGCACUCUAUCCCACCUUUGAUAAAUGUUCAGAUUUCUUCGUCAUCAGCUUCAACAGGUUUUGUGAACAUCACAGAGACUUCCUCCUCUGCAAGUCUAGGUUCUAUGCAAACUCUUGCAACAGAAAGAUCAUUACAGCUUCAUCUGCCAGCUACAUUAUCUUCUCCUGUUGCUACCACUGGAAUAUCAACAGAAAAAACUUCUGCAUCACCACCUGCUUUCUCAUUCGUGACUUUAGAUUCAUGUGGUGAUGUGCCGAAAGGAACUGCAGGAACCUUUCAGUCUCCAGGAUAUCCACAAUCCUACCCCAGUGACAUGGAUUGCAUUUGGGUCAUCGAAGCUCUUCCUGAAGACCUUGUUCAAUUGGAAUUUACUGUCAUGUCAAUUGAAAGACAUAGGACAUGCAAGUAUGACUAUGUGAUUGUCUAUGAUGGCAAAGGACCCAACAAAGUGGAGAUGGGCAGGUUCUGUGGAUCGGAAGUUCCAGCAACGCUCCAGACGUCAUCCAAUACCAUGACCAUCGUCAUGCAAUCCGACUCCUCAGUGGAACUGGAGGGGUUUUCAGCUCAAUUCAACACAUUUCGCAUCCCAUCAGGUCAGACACGUCUGGUUGGGGGAAGGAGUAUGUAUAGCGGCCUGGUAGAAGUUGAAUUUGAUGGGAAGUGGGGAGGAAUAUGUGCUAAACAGUGGGGCAGCAGCGAUGCCAAAGUGGUGUGUCAUCAGCUUGGCUUUACUGGGCCUGCUUUAGCCACAAGGAUUAAGGUGAGUGAGCGAGGCACCCCACUAGCUGUAUCUUACGCUAAAUGCAAGGGAGAUGAGAAGAUCCUGCAGAACUGUGAUAUCAGACGGACUGGCAAAUGUACAUCCAAUAAACGUGCAGCAGUGAUCUGCCAGGUUGGGGAGUCUUGUGCAGCCUUGAAGAGUGCAGGUGUCCUGGAGUCUGGCCUCUUCAUUGUGGACCCCGAUGGCACAGAGGGUGGAGUGGAUGCGUUCCCUGUAGAAUGUGACAUGGUCUCUGACCCGACAACAGGAUUCUAUUAUUCAUAA